AUGGCUACAAGCUCCAAGCAGCGCCUCGCGCUGGCUAUCUGCGACUUCCUGAACGCCUCUGUCAAGGACGGCACCCUUUCUGCCGACGAUGCCGACUCGAUCGAUGUCGCCGUCAACUGCAUCAGCGAGUCCUUCAAGGUGGACCCCUCGGACAAGGCCGCUGUCGCCGACGCCGUCGGGGACCAGAACCUGCUCAAAAUCUAUGGCGUCUACGAGAAGAUGAAGGGCGCCUCCAAGCCCGCCGCCGCCCCGAGCGCCGCCAAGCCUGCGGGUCCCGUGUCCGAGGAGAAGAAGAAGGAGGCCGAGGCCCUCAAGUCCAAGGGCAACGCCGCCAUGGCGCAAAAGGACUACCCCACCGCCAUCGACCUGUACACGCAGGCGCUCGCCCUGCACCCGGGCAACGCCAUCUUCCUGUCCAACCGGGCCGCCGCCUACAGCGCGGCCAAGGACCACGAGAGCGCGCGCGCCGACGCCGAGGCCGCGGUCGAGGUCGACCCCAAGUACACCAAGGCCUGGAGCCGGCUGGGCCUCGCCCGGUUCGCGCUCGGCGACGCCAAGGGCUCCAUGGAGGCGUACAAGAAGGGCAUCGAGUACGAGGGCAACGGCGGCAGCGACGCCAUGAAGAAGGGCUACGAGACGGCCAAAAGGCGCGCCGAGGAGCUGGCCGCCGACGAGGCGCAGGCCACCGCCGCCGCGCGCGACGCCGGCGUCAGCGGCACGCCCAGCCUGAGCGAUCUCGCGGGCAUGUUUGGCGGCGGCGGUGCUGGCGGCGGCGGCGGCGCUGGCGGUGCCGGCGGCAUGCCCGACUUUGGCUCCAUCAUGAGCAACCCCAUGUUUGCGUCCAUGGCCCAGAACCUGAUGAACAACCCGGACCUCAUGUCCAACCUCAUGAGCAACCCCCGGCUCCGCGAGAUGGCGAACCAGUUUGGCAGCGGCGGCGGCAUGCCCGACAUGUCGGCUCUGAUGUCGGAUCCCAACAUCGCUGAGAUGAUAUCGCCUCCGCUGGUCAAAGCAAUGCCUCUGUCGUUCUCGGAGCGCCUCAGGCGGCUUCAGCAGAAAGGCCAGAAAGGCGAUCGGUAUCCGGAUAUCGGAUCGUUCAAGUCCGGCGCCCAUAGCCAGGCGCAAUCUCCCUUCUUCCGCCUGCCUCGCGAGGUUCGCGAUGUCGUCUACUUGGAAUUGUGGAGAUCCAAAGGCCUUGAACAGCACGUGUUCUCCGAAAACGGCCGGUACAGACACACGCCCUGCAUCACAAGUUACAGCAACCUGGGCCAGUGUGAGGUCAAGCUCGACCAGCUUUCCGACCAGGAUUGGCAGUUGCCAGCAAGCGAUCCCUCCAUAGACAUGGAAUGGGUCAAUCGUCAUGUGUCCAAGUUCAAUGGGCACUGGCGAUGCGAGGACAGGUACAAUGAGACUAUGGCCGGCGUAGAACCAUGUCUGUUCAUGUCAUGUCUUCUGACGUGCAAGACGCUCUACCUCGAAUGCCGCGAGUCGAUAUAUGGGAACGUGGACUUCAUCUUCACCUCAAUAGGGGAAGCCCACAACUUCCUUCUUGUCCGCAAGAGUCCCAUAGUGAAGGAACUCGAGAUGCUCAGCUUUUCUCUCCGGCUCAGUCGCCUACAUUCCGAGGACAGUGAUUCCGAGCCGAGCACCCGCCGGUGGAUGGAGGACGGCGCACAAUGGCAGCGGGUGCGGAAAUCUCUGGCCGAUCUGCCCAAGCUUCGUAAAAUCACCAUCUGGCUAGAAGUCGCCGGGGCUUUACGAAGUGUCGACACUCGGGUCAACCUGGACCCCCUGACGUUUGAGCCAGAGGUCGCUUCGCUGGUCACACUUGACACGGUGUUUCUGAAAAGCAUAGACUGGAAGGAUAUAUUUGGGGUCGACUAUGACAGCCGGUAG